AGUCUGUUUAGAAGCAAGUAAGAAUUCCAUUGAACUUUACUGUGCUAGUUAAACACGUAUGGUGAGCAAUGUUCGCUUCACUAUUGCCGAAGGCUUCUUUCCAUCAUACACUGGAGAUUUCCUUUUUGUCGUGAUUUAUGUAAAUGAAAAAAAACUUUGUAGCUCUAAAGGAACAAAAGCAGAUAAUUCUAGUUUUUAUUGGAAUAAAUCUUUUACAUUUGAAGCGGGAAAUUCUGAUAAGUUGCUAUUAAAGGCGAUAAGCCAAAACGGGGAUGAGCAAGAAAUUUCAAGCUUUUCUUUGUGUUUUUCUGAAAAAAACACUUCGGACAAUGUAGUUCUCCAAGAUUGCAGUCGAGACUUAACCUCUACUAAAAUUAACCACAAAAGUUCUGAUAAAUUUUCAAACUUUUACAAAAAAAGAAUAUCUGCUGCUUUUAAGAAGGCUCCAACCGUUUCUGAGGCCCCUGUUCCUUCUAAGCAAGACAAAUCUACCUCCUGCCUUCACAUAUGUUACUCCUUUGGGGAAGCUUUAAAUAAAAAUGUUUUAGCAAAUGACUGCGUACUUUUAAAACUUGUGAGUGCCCGAGAUUUAAACAUCAACAUUUUUGAAGACAAAAGUUACUUCUGCAUAAUAGAAAUUGCCACCGAGAUAAUUGUUUCUUCAAGGGUGCAAUCUUCAGACCGCCUUACUAAUUGGAAUGAAGUAUUUCUAUUUAAUAUUCCUCCCGUUAAAACCUUUAAAAUUUUAGUUUUUAACUCUGAAGAAGAUUUAUUGGGGCACGUAAAUAUACAAGUUAGCAGUCUUUCUCGUUUUAAGACUACAGAAAGUACCGAAAAUCUUGAAGAGCGUUGGUAUAAUCUUGAGGAAAAUGCCAGCUUUCCUGAGGAUGCCUCUCCGUCCCUUCUGCUAGGAAUCUUUUUCCGUCCUGCCCUGAACAGUAAAUUCACCUCUCCUUUAGCAAUUUUUAAAUCUGCGAGUUUGUUAAGUAAAAAAAAUUGUAGCGUUGAUAAUCUUCUCUCCCUGAGUAAAUCUUCGGCAUUUUCAGAGGAGUUUUUACCUGUUCCCACUCUACCCGAGAGCGAAAGCAGGCGCUGGGCUUUGAAUAUAAAGAUCCUCUCUGCUACUGAUUUAAGACUGUGGCCGCUUUACAUGAUCCCACGCUCGUACGUGAUUAUUCGCGUCGCAAAUACGAAAGCCCAGACGGCCAGCAUUGGGAAUGUCAUUGAGUUUGGCGGGCAGGACCACGCCUCCCCCGUUUGGAACGAAGUCUUCUGUCUUUCCGCAGAGACUUUUGCUUCCUGCACACUCAAAGUGUACACCGCCACCCAAAAUCACAUCACAGAUGCUGUUUUUCACCACCAGAUUGGCCGCUGCGUGUUCGCGUUGGAUAGCUUGCCUUUCUGUGAUGAAUGCCUUAAUGAAGACUGCUCGGACGCCGAAAGAAAUGCCGUCAGAGUCGAGCUUAGAGCAAAUCAACCAAUUACUUCGCAGGAUCGAGAGAAACUUCUCCAGAAGGACAACCCUAAGAAACUUCCUGCCCUGCUGGAUUGUUAUUUGGCGAUACCUAAGAAUAGCCCUAAAGAUAUUAUGAAAAUACGCUCAAAGAGGCAAGGGGCUCCGAGGCUAACAGUGUUAGCAGCGCUCGUGCCUGCGAUGGAUGUGUGCGGCGGACUAGAUGAGGGCGGGGAAGAAUCUGCUGAAGAUCCAAAGAUUAGUCCGAUUGAACUACCGAAGCCUUUUGAGUGGCUUUUGAUAGACGAGGAGUUUCCCUGCAGUGUUACUAAGCUUAAGAACUUGCUAUUUGGAGACGCUUCUUUGUUUCUCUUAAAAUUCUAUGAAACUCAAAAAUAUAAAGAAGUUUUUGUGGGAGACUGGUGCGCCCAGUCGGGCUCUAGCGCCCAGGAUUGCAGGACCGUGACUUAUAUGAUGCCAUCCACGUCAUUUAUGAAAUCUUUAAAAGCUACUGAGCUCCAGAAGUACGAAGUGCAGGCGCCUGGUGGCUGCGUGGUGGAGAUCCAGUCCUUGACUCCCAACGCGCCGAUGGCAAGCACUUUUGAAGUUCACGUGCAGUUGUGUUUGAACAAGUUGACGCCGAAAAGAGCGUUACUGAGGGCUUCGGCUGAAACGAGAUUCGUGAAAUCAACCCUUUUAAAAGGACAAAUAGAAAAAACCGUUAAAAAAGGCCUAGAGGAAACAUACACUAACCUCGCUAAGACCCUCAGGGGAUUGUUUGGAGGCCCUCGAAAAAAAAAGAAAAUUACCGAGGCUCCAACUUUUUGGCUUUUCAGAAAUGUUACUAUUUCCAUUUCGCAGUUGCUUGGCGGCCUGGUUGUGGUUGUGCUCUUGGCAGUGCUAAACUUAUAUUCAUUUUAUUUUAUAUUUUUUAAAGAGAACAAUGCAGUGUUGCAGUAA